CAAUAUCUCAAUGCAGUAACAGGAAGUUCGAUGAACAUCUACGAUAGUAUAAGUUAACGUUGUUGAUAUCGAUACAUAAUGUUUGCCUAAUCAAGUGAUUCCCGAUUGUGAGCAUGUGCGACGACGCCCAUAUUAGAGAGCAAUGGCAACUUCUACAGAGUCUUCGUACUACUGUAGAAGGUUUAUUGGUUGACGGCGUUUUGAACGUAUGGAAUGUUUACGGCGGUUUAAAUCGUCUUCACAAUGUGAUGGAGCGUAUAUUCAAACAUGGCUGUCGAAUAUUUAAUCAAAAUGGAGAACCAGAUUGUUGGAUUUUUAUACAAGGUUUAAAUUGGCUACAACCUUCUUUAGCGUUAUCACCUGUUAUCUCAGAGUCUCAAGAUUAUUUUUCAAAUUUGCCAACCCAAAUAACAUCACAAAAAGAUAUGUUAUGGUUGUACAAAAGUUUAGAAAGUCAUUCUUUAUCACAUAAGCUUUCUUGGCUUUUGUCUGAUAAGGAACAUUUACUUUCAUGUUUUGAACCAUGGGCAUUUUUAUGCCAAGAAAAUUUAUCUGAAGCUACUCUUUUAUGUUUAAGAGCAGUUGAAAGAAAUCAGCCCACAUUACUUACAGAAAUUGAUCCAUCUUUAUUUCUACCAUCUUGGAUUUCUCCAAAAACAAGUCCAAACAGACAUCGCCGAUCUUCUUCAUAUCCAAUCAAUUUUCCAAUUACAAAUUUUACUGUGGCAAGAGAUAAAACUAUGCAUAUUGAAAAAAGUCAAUUAGAAUCAUUGAAAAUAGCAUCAGAUAAGAAAGUGAGCCAACAAAAUGAGGAUAAAUUUGAAGAAAAUCAAACUAAAGUGUUAGACACCAAAGAAGUAAAUGAUAUACCUUUAAAAACUUGGAAUAGUUUAUCAGAAUUGACUAAAAAUUCUACAGCUCCACAAACAGGUUCUUCUGCAUCUGCACUAGUUAGUACAAAUACAAACUCAUAUAGAAAUAAUGAUUCUCAAAUUGCAUCUGUUGAAUUAUCAAAAAUCAUUGAUGUAAAUUAUGCUGAAUUAAAACAUUCAACAUCCAUGGUUAUGGAUAAUCCAUUACUUGUAAAGCCAAGAACUCCGUUAAGAAAAACGAAAAAUAAAACUAAAGUAAAAGAUAAUUAUGCAGCGAAAAAAUCUAGCGAAGAUUCGGAUGUAUUAAAUAGCGAAGACAAAUCAAGAAACACGAUAAAAGAAUAUUGUAUUCCACGUACCAAAUCGAAUAAAAUUGAAACGAACAGAUCUAGUACAGAUUCGACGGAAAUAAAUAUAUUUGAUAAGCCAAGACGACUAUCUGCUUUUUUACCUGGAUCGGCACCCGAAUUUACUGGUCCAUGGAGCUUGGAAAUCGAGGGUCAAAAAGAUAUAAGAACACCAAAAAAAAGUUUCAUGGAAGAUGGAGGAAGUAGCGUACAGCCUAUGGCAAUAGGAUACUUUCCACGUCCAGCAGAGGGUCAAAGUUUAACGAGCUUUUUAGCUUCUGCACAAUUUUCCAGAGCGAAUGCCGAAUUGGAUAGAGAAAAUGCACAUUUUAGUGUUUCUGAAGCUAUGAUAGCUGCCAUUGAGCAAGUGAAAUGCAACAAACAAUGGCGUCUUAUGGAAGAAACUGCCGAGGAAAGCGACGAAGAAAUAAAUAGCUUAAAACAAAGGAUACGAUUGAGACGCCGUCAACGACAAGAAGAGAGAUGUAAAGGAAGGACGUGGAGUCGUGACUUAUUGAGCGAUGGAAAAACUGAUACAACGACCACUGAUCAAAGUGUUAGUCCAUUGUCAACUUCCUCGGAUACUCCAUCAGAAAAUAUUUCUACUGACGAUAUAGAAGAUCUAGAAGUGGAUGACGAACGAAAUGCAGCAAAACUUAAAAACGCUGGCAUUUCAGUAUCUAUGGCAUCAUUGUACUCAGACGCAGAUUUGUAUCAAACAUCCCCUAUGCAUGGAACAGAAUCAACGUUGACCGACACUAGUAUGUCUGCGGAAGGUGUAGCUCUAUCGCUUCUCAGUAGGUUUAGUGAAAAGCAACUACCAAGAGCUAGCGAAUUACAAUGGCUUGUCUCAGAAAAAGAUGCACCACAAAGGUUAUUACCGUUACCCAAAAGUUGGCCAAUCAGUCCAGAUGAAGCAGAAAAUUUACAAUCUAUUCCAUUGCGUGGAACCACAGAAUGGGCCCCACCGAGACCUCAAAUCAUUUUCACACCACAUCCUCCGCCAGUGCGGCGAACUCUUAUAGCUAAACAGAAUUAUAGGUGCGCAGGAUGUGGAAUGAAAGUUGCCGUAAAGUAUGCAAACAAAUUUCGUUACUGUGAAUAUUUAGGCAGAUAUUUCUGUACUGGAUGUCAUACUAAUCAAGUGGCACUGAUACCAGGAAAGAUUUUAUCUAAAUGGGAUUUUAAUAGAUAUCCUGUAUCAAACUUUUCAUACAGACUGUUGGAUCAAAUGACAUUAGAUCCAUUGUUUCAAAUAAACGAUUUAAAUCCAUCAUUAUAUAGGCGCAUAAAACAAUUGGACAGAACAAGAUUGCUGCGUACACAAUUAUAUUUCUUUAAAGACUUCUUACUUACAUGUAGAUUUGCAACAAGCAUUCAAGAAGUGUUGAAAAAGGAAUCCAGUUAUAUAUUAAAUGAACCUCACGUGUAUUCCAUUCAAGAUCUGAUGCAUGUUAAAUACGGUAUUCUGCCAACGAGAUUACAAGAAUUAGUUCAAAUUUGUAAUGUUCAUACUGUAGGCUGUGAGUUAUGCCAAGCUAGAGGAUUUGUAUGUGAACUAUGUUGUUCUAAAGAUAUUAUAUUUCCUUGGGAAUUGUUGAAAGUUAAUAGGUGCGAAAUGUGUGGUGCAUGCUUUCAUAACGAAUGUAAGCAGAACUUUCAUAAAGCCGAUUGUCCGCGUUGUAUUCGUUUACAUGCUAGGCGGAUAUCUAGAGAAGAACAAUUUUGACACACGGUAAACAUAUCCUAUGUUAUAUUUUUAUAUGCGAAAAUUAAGUUAAUAAUUUAAAUGAAAUGUAAGUUAUUAGUUCUAAAAAUCAGAUUUUCUAAAAUUGUAUUUCAAAUUCUAUCUUUUAUUUAUUAUGUUUAAUAUAAAAUCAAGGUCUGUAUAAUUAUA